GUGAAAUUCGUUGUGUAUUCAAACAACAAUAAUGUGCAUUGUGUUAUUAUUUUUAUUAUUGCUGUUACCCGCAUAGCGCACAUCAAAAAAAAAGUCUAACGAAUCAAUCGAAUUGUAUCAAUAGUAAAUAAUUUAAUGAAUGAAAUGCGUGCGAACAUUCACGAAACCAGAAAUAAUAGAAAGAAGCGAAAAACCGAGAGUUUGUUCAUUAAAACAACAUUGUGAAUAUUGAAAACGAAAAUCACAUCAAGUGAACAGUAGCAUAACAUUGAAAAUGAAAAUGGGUUAUUGUGCCAAAGUUAGAAUUUAUAGUCAUAUUUAUUGUGUCAUUGUUGUCGCGUUAUUUCUAAGUAAACAAGUAUGUGAUGUGCAUGGUGCAUCAAAAGGUAGUUCUUGGCCAAGUAUGAAGACGUACGACAUUUGGGGUUCGCCUCAGAAUAAAGCGAUUCAACAUAGCGGCAGUGGCAGUACAAUGACUGCUUCAAAUGAUCUUGAGAUACAAGACUACCGCCACAAAACCAGUUUUCGAAAUGAGAAAGUGUUGAGCUUCUUUGCGCAGCCAAGUGAAGAUGAAUGCAAAUCAGAGGAUGGCUUACGAUCCGGUGUGUGUAUGAAUAAGUAUGAUUGCCAUCAAAAAGGCGGCACAGCAAAAGGACAGUGUGCACUCGGUUUCGGUGCUUGUUGUGUUUUUACGGCAACGUGUGAUCAAGAAAUUAAGAACAACAUCACAUACUUCAUAUCGCCUAACUUUCCGGCGCUCAUGUCAACCAACAUAAAAACAUGCAAACUCAAAAUAAAAAUGAUGUCCAGUGAUAUAAGCCAGUUGAGAUUCGAUUUUCAUCAUUUUUCCAUAGGUCAACCGAAUCGACAAACCGGAAAUUGUGACGGAGAUAUUUUUUCACUAUUUGGCGGAAGUUCCGGCAUGUUCAAACUCUGCGGAUAUAAUAACGGACAACACAUUUAUUAUGAUGUUCCAAAUCGAAAGGCACGUGAUGGAAAAACGCCGGCAGAUAUUGAUCUCGUUAUGAAUUUUACGAGUUCGUUUGCAACGGCCAGAUUUUGGGAAGUUCGCGUAUCACAAAUUCCAUUCAGUCAAAGAGCUCCCGCCGGUUGUUUGCAAUAUUUCUUCGGUGCUGACGGAAUUAUACAGACAUUUAAUUUUGCGGAAAAUGGGCGGCAUCUGUCAAAUCAAAAGUACAAAGCAUGUAUACGUCAAGAAUCAAAAAUGUGUUCAAUCGCCUAUGAGCCAUGCAAUGAGCAAUCGUUCCGUAUCGGCCCGAAUCGACCCAGAGAAUAUCCAAAUCCAUUAGCCUCCCCUUACUCCAGUUAUAAUGGUGCCUUUCCAUAUCAGAGUAAUCCAUAUCAGAGUAAUCCAUAUCCAAUUAAUCCGUUUCAAACUAACCCAUAUUAUCCAAAUCCAGCUCUAAAUGGUAACCCAAUAAUUGGACCCAAUGGCAUGUUGAUACCAAAUCCUUACGGAUCUAAUGGAAUUUUACCACCAAAUAGAAUUGUUUACGAUGCCAACGGGCAACCGGCUGUACUUUCACCAAAUGGCGUACUUACACCGCUUAACCCAAACGCCUUAACAGCACAAAUGAGUGGAAUACCUUUGACGGUGUCUACUAAUGGAGCUGAUGGAGUGGUUACACAAGCCGAUCCCGCACAAGAUCCAUCAAUGUUAAAUUCGCUCAAUGGUACCAGUCCAGACGUUGGAAAUUCAACGGAGUCAAUGACAAACGCAACAACAACAACAACCACAUCAACAACGCCAAUUCCACAAGACGAUGUUGAAGGAUCGGGUGAUGACGGUGAUGAUAAUAACCCUGAUGAUCGAGAUGACUUAACAUCGCUAUUUUCAAUUGGAUCAUUUAUAACUAGAGCCGCUUUAUUCAGACGUUCAAUUCGAUCAGUCCAACCGGCUCCAAUUCAUAACGAACGAAAAGCCCGACAAUUUUAUUCAACAUGUAACGAUCGCAUCACGUUACCGUGUAUCGUUGAAGAUUUUAUAUCGGUUGGCUCAGGUUCGCUGCCAACGUGUUCGCCUGUUCAUUGUGGUAAUUCGUUGUGUCCAGGAAAUGUUUCGCCUUGUCGUGUCGAAUCGACUGUUACACCAUUUGGAAUCGGCAUUCACUUUGGCGACGGAUUGAAUAAGGGAUUUGCCGAAGAAAAUAUUGGUGCUUGUAUAAGAUACAAACAACUGAAUUGUAUAUAAAAAAGAAUUGAAGAAAAAAAAA